AUGAAAAUACUUGUUUUUAUCGAGAGCCUCCUUUUCAAACCAGUAUUUUCGUCGCAAACAUCGACUCUUGCGACUAUAACUCAAGAAUAUAUUCCUUGUGAAAGAGAAGACAUCUUCGAACUUGAAUGCGGGCAAGAUGAAUUCAGAAUAUCAUUAAAUCCGCGUUGUUAUAAUUUUCAAUUCGGAAGCAAUUAUUUAUCGGUCCAAUUUUUCGGCGAGUUUGACAAUUCCACAACUUUUUCUCUUCAAAAUUGCGCUGAAUAUUUCACCGAAGAUGGAAUUAUUCUGCCGUUCGAAGAGUGCGGAUCGUACUUGGAAGUGCAGCCUGGUUUUUGGGACAGAUUUAGCUAUCGAUGGAAGUUAAAUGCCUUGAUAGAACAUUUAUAUGUCAAUGAGACUGGAGAAUAUUCAAAAUUAAAAGAAAAGGAAGAAACUGCUGCAUUAGAAUUUGAAUGCAGUUUCCAGAACGGGGACCUGUUGAACUCAACAAUCGCGCUGGACACAACUGCAAUCACGGUCUCGUCAAAUUCCUCUCAAUCAAGAUCAUUUUUCGACCUUCAAAUCUGCUCUCUUGAAAUCACUGGUGCCUGCGAUCAUUCGAACUUUAAAAACUUGAAUCUUGGUCAACUUAUGCUUAUCAAGCCGGAAAAACUCGUCGACUCUCUCGACUAUCGAAUUGAAUCCCUUACCGCAAGUUCUGGCGAUUUAUCAAGCUCCGUUUCCUUAAUUGAAAACGGAUGCGCACUGCAAGAAGUUGAAGAAAUUGUCACAAUUGAUGAGGAAGCAAAAACGAUUAUUCUGAAAAGUUUUUCCUUCGCCAAUUCGAAAACAGUCAUUUUCGAAGUAUCUGUUGGAGCGUGCAGCAAAAAUGACGAGAUCUUUUGCCAGGCAAAAUCUGAUUGCCAGAAUCAAAUUGGGAAUAAAGAGCUGUUGACGACCCGGAAAGCCAUCUUCAUAGGGGACGAAAAUUUGGAAAAAUAUUCAAAAAGCAUAAAACCCGACGUAAACACGAUGAGUAAAAUGACUUCCGAUGGGAAAGUCGGACUCGUCAAAAAUGGGGAAGUCAGUCGGGUCGUGGUCUUCGCCUGA